CGAGCUUUUCCAAUACGAAACACACUAUUCGAGGCUUUGGAUUAGUUGAUAAUCAAAUGACUACCGAAGUAUACGUCAGCUUUGGUCUUGAUGAGAAGGUUUGUUAUGUUUCAAGAGUGAAGUUCUUUUGCGAGUGUAACGCAAGGUAAAAUGCCGGGCCGCUGACUCGUUGACGACAACGGAUCCCGCAUCUCCCCCACUGCUCUCGUUACUCCGUAAUAGUCCGUAACCUGUGAUCUCACCCUUCCCCCAAAACAUCCACUUCAAUCUAAUCCAUCCUCAACUUUGCCGCACUACAUUACCCACAACCCACUGUCCUUCGGAGGCCUACGAUAUCUAUCAAAAUGGGGAAGGAAGCCCGCGAGACCGGCUACGUGGAAAACGCCGACUCCGCCGCUCUUCAUCCGUUCCGCCGCCGACGCGACCGGUUCGUCGUCCGGCUCGCCGCUUACUUGGGCGUUGUCGCUCUCAUCGGCUUGCUGGUGUCCUCGACACCAAUCUCCAUCCGUCGCAUCAAUCUCUUCUCCUGUCACCGAGGUGAGAGAUAUGAUGAUGGCUCUGCGCUGAUGGUCGCGGACGGUGAGGAGGCUCUUAUGAUGCCUCCACUGCCUGGAACUUUCUCCUCAGUGCAAACCGCCAAGAAAGUCCCCCUGGAGGCUCAUAUCAUGAGCAAAUGUCCUGAUGCUCGGGAUUGUCUGCAGCAGCUCGUUGUACCUGCGAUGGAGCAGAUUAGUGACAAGGUCGACUUCAAGUUGUCGUUCAUUGCCGACGUCUCAAAUAAGUCCACAGAGAUACAAUGCAAGCACGGCCCAACCGAAUGCAUUGGAGACAUGCUUCUACUCUGUGCGGCGAAUCUUCCUUUCCCCCCAGAGGGGGCCGAGGCCGCAGUCGGUUCGCUGUCCGCGCGUACUCCGACUAUUCGGUCCCUUGGCUUUGCCAAUUGUCUUGUUGGAUCGUACUCCAAGAUUCCUGAACGCCAUCAUGUUGAGCAAUGUGCUUUGGAGCAUGGUGUUGACUUCAGUGCCUUGAACAAGUGUGCUAGUCAGGAAAUCGAUGAGCCCGAUGAAGGCAAGGAUGACGGCCACAAUGCGCCGCUUAGCGGCCUCGCUCUGUUGCGAGAGAGCGCCAUUCAUAGCGCACAGCUUGGUGUUAAGACAAGCUGCACGCUUCGGCUUGAUGAGUCUGUCUGGUGUGUUCGCGACGGUGGCGUCUGGAAAGACUGCGCGAAGAAUGGACAGGGCAGCCAAGUGUCAGUGCUUGUGGAUGAAAUCAAGCGACUAUGGAGCCGAUCCAACUGAAUGUCUCUGACUGUAUAAUACGACAUCGAUGCCAAAUGAUGACUGACGAUAACUUAUUUUCUAUCCUGGUUAUUCUACCAGGAUCUAUCACCAUUUG